UCUCACAAGAAUCCUCACUCUCACUCAUUUGCUUCUUUCCUUUUUGAUUUAUUUACCAUUUUCUCUCCAUACAUCAAACACUCCUCUCUGUCACUCUCUCAUCUCCUUCCACGGUUCCCACUCCAUAGCACCACCUCCAUCAUCAUUUUUCGGCAAGAAUCACCGGAAAACUCCAGAGAAAAAAGCAAAAUAUGGAUAAUGGUAAACGACCCCAGAUGGAAGAAGCCGAUUUGACUAAUCCGGAAAUCUUGAAAUAUUAUUUUUUGUUGUGCAAUGAAAUAUUCCCAGACGCCAAAAAAAUGGGUAUACAGGAGUUUAAAUGUAUUAAGAAGGAACUGAAUGAGAGAUUUAACUUGGAUUUUAGGAUAGUAGAUGUUGUGAACAAAUAUAGAGAUAUUUAUUACAAGUGGCAAAUUUGGGAAAAUUUUGUUAAUAAUAAGGAAUUCGUCUUAGCCCACGCCUCCUGUACAGCGGACGUAUCAUGGCUGCAAAGUAAGUCCGAGGAAUGUCUUGAUACAAUUUCUGUAGACAAAGAAGGUCAGCCAAGUAUAGGCCUCUUGAAAUUUGUAUUUGGAAGCUCAGCAAAUGGCAGCAAAGGAAGUGAUUCUUUGAAGCCAACGGCAACAGUACAUGAGCAUGUUGGGGACUCUUCAAGGGACUUGGAAUUCCAUGAGCCAAAAACCAACUCCUCCAAUGACCGCCACAAUAUUUCUGAAAGUAGCAAAUGUGUAAGAUUAGGCGGCUACUGUCCAAAGAGAAUAAAAAUGAAUGGUAGUCGUUGGACACGGACUGCUUUAGAGGAUGACGUGUUUCAGGUGAGAAAAACAAUGAGGUUGGUCUCAAAAACUUGUGGCUUGAUGUCAAAUAAACAUUUCUAUUUGUUCACGGGGAGAUUAUUGAUGAAUCCACGUGAAAGAUCGUGGUUUUAUUUUGUCAAGCCCUCAUUGCGUUUGAGAUAUCUAGAAAAACAGUUUAAAAAGUUUAGUGCAGACAGAGUGAUACCAGAGCCGACCCAACCGACCGGCGCCGACCCUACCGUACAGCCUCUGGCUCCGACCGAGGCCAGCGGCCAAGAACUCAAAUGAGUGAUUGAAAGUAAGGGUGUGCAUGCAUGGGUAGGGUUGGAAAUUUACUUCAGAAUAUGCAGGAUUGAACAAAAGUUCAGAAGUAUGUUGGAAUACUCAAAAUUAGACGAGUCCCAAUGGUGUGAAUUUUAAAGCGCACCACCCUGUUAAAAUCCAUCCACUUGAGUAUGUAAGUAUUUCAGACCCACUUGCAAGAGAGUCUAUGUAUGAAUUGAAUAAAGUUUGAGCAAACAUUCGAUUUA